AUGCAAUCUACUGGCUCAGAUCGCGAACGCAAUAAUCGCGAACUGCUCUGGGUCCGACUUUAUCUCGCUGAAGCCAUGCGCAGUCACGGCGAAGCUCCAAUGCUUUUCGCUGAGCUCGUUCCUAUUUCAAACGACAACAGUGUGGAUAUGGUCGUGAUAGAUUCACUAGUUGAGGAGCCGGAGCCUCCUUAUCAACUCACAGUUGCAGAGAGCGCUUUGAGGCUUGUGCGCGACUCACAUUACGAUCACGCAGCCAAUCUUUUACAACAAGAAGGUCUCACCUGGGCGAGACCGGAGCAUUUCUGGAUUGUAUUCGGAGGGCCGAUGGCAGGGAAUAUCACCUGCGAACGGAAACUGAAGCCGAGGAGCUCAGAAGAGGAUGAGAAAGGCCGACGUUUUAUGGCUGUGGGAUUUGGCACAGCAUUGAUCACUGACGUAGUCCUUCUUUGA